AAAUUAAAUUUUACAACGUAGCGUUAAUGAAGCUCGUUUGUUAAACCUCCUCUCCUCCACUCCUCUCGUCUCUCCUUCAUUUUUCUCCUUUUCUCGCUCUCACCCACUCUCUUUUCUUUUUUCCCUUUUCUCUCUCUCACUCUCGUUUCCAACACUGCUUCAACCCUUUCCAUUCCUUCCUUCCAUCUUCCGACACAGCGCAACAUGCGAUAUAGAAGCGUGCAGAUCAUUUGGAUAGCGACCUUUGUAGUCGCCUUGCUGGCUGUGCAGACACAAGCUGGUCUGUUUGACAACUGGUUCGGCGGUGGAGAUGACGAGACUUCCUCGUCAGCCGUAGCCUCUGCAACAGACAAUACUCCCAACGAAAGCUCAGCCGCUCAACCGAGUGCAAGCGCAACAGACGCAGCACCUAAACCAUCUGACAGUGCUACUGCCUCGCCUUCAGCGUCCUCGGACAGCAAACCUCAGCCAUCGUCUUCGCAAGAACCAGACAAGACCACAUCUAAACCCUCACCCACUCCUUCUAAAUCCGACGAUAAAAACGACAAUGACGCUUCACCAACACCCGACGCAUCCGACUCGGUCUCUGUCUCUGCAAGCUCUGACGGACCUCAGGCGACCAGCAGUAGCGACGCGAACAAGGACGAUGACAAUAGCAGUAACAACACUGGCAUCAUUAUUGGCUCAAUUAUUGGAGGUAUCGUCGCCGUGGCUGGUGCCAUCGUCAUUGCCGUGUUCGCGCGAAAACGACGGGCAAACAAGCGUAAGCGAUUAUAUGGCGGUGAGGACGAGUUCCAGACACCUACCAACGAUUACCAUGAUCCCGGCCGGCCCUCGCCUGCCAUGGCUGCCGCUGCCAUGGCUGCUGCUGAUGGUAUCCAUAACAACAACAACAACAACUGGGGCCAUGGCAACCCGCAAUUAGACCCUCACCAACAGCAGUACUACAACGGCGGCUACUCGCCACAGCCGCCGGCUGCAACACUUCCUCCAGACAACUACUACUCCUCUCCACCCAUGUCCGCCGCCGCUGCCGUUAGUCCAAUGAUGAGUUAUCCCGACGCCGCCAUUUCAGGUGCCUAUUACUCACCACAGCCACAAUCUCAGCAACAGUACUACGAUCCCUCUGCGUACGGUCACUAUGAUCCUUACGCUGCUGGAGCUGCCGCUGCCGCUGUCGGUGGGGCCGCUGGAGCCGUCAGUGCUGCUCCAUCGAGUGCUGUCUAUUCGCCACCCAACGCAUACGAUGACAGUGACGCUGUACCAGCCACACCAUCUUCGGCAGGAGCAUCAGCAGCUGCAGCACAACAACAAGGUCAUAAAUACCAGGUACCAACACAGCAACAGCCGCCAAUGCAACAAAUAGACCUUCAACAGCAAUGGGGCCAACGAUAAAAACGAUAUCACCCACGUCCUCGCACUCUGUCAUCCGCUCCAACUCUAACCCCAACUACUCUACUCUUAGCCUUUAUAUUAUUUACUCAUUUUCCUUUAUUUUGUAUGAACCCUAUAAUUACCACCUUAGUUUUUCUUGUGAAAUUUUUUUUCUUUUUAAGUAGUUUUUUGUUUCUUUUCUGGA